AUGAAGCUGCCACUAGCCUUCGUUAUUUCCCUAGUGCCCGCGGCUAUGUGCAACACAGCGAAUCCUACUAGCGGUGGUGACUGCAACAAUGGUGGCAGCCAGGUCUGUUGCAGCGGUGUUCUCAAUUGCCUCGUUCAGUCCGUUGGGGAUGCCUGCAGCAACCAAGCAUAUUGUUGUCAAACAGAUGCUCCCGUGGGCACUCUGCUCAAUGUUGCGUUGUUGAAUUGUGUUCAGAUGUGA